CGAGGCCUAUCGUGCCGAAUGGUUCCAACCUGACACCCAGGCUCCAGUGGAUGUAUGUUCUUUUGAACUGACAUGUUGACUGUUCCGCUUCACUUCUUCCAUUAAGGUCUGCUACAAAGUUCUCAGACCACCCAUCAGCAACAUGCCGUCUGUCGUGGAGGAAAUAAGGAAAUCCAUGAAGGUGAGGGGCCUUUUCUAGCUGGAUCGAUAGCAACGAAGGCCCACGCACUGCUUCAGCACCUGAAGAGAGAGAUGAAGACAUGGACCAUGGAAACAUUGUGGAAUUCAUCGGUUUUGCAAUUGAAGUUCGCGGUGAAGUACCAGAAGCGGCGUUGGUGUCCGAAUGGUGCUCAAAUGGUAACCUUGUUGAAUAUCUGCAUGAAAAACCGACCUGCGAUCGGCUGCCCCUGGUGAGUCGAUCAUACUAGUCAUUUGGACCGAAGAUGCAUAUUACCGAAUAGCUUCUCGAUAUCGCUUGUGGUCUGGCCUACUUUCAUGAAUGUAAACCUGUUGUAGUCCACGGCGAUCUCAAGCCUGCAGGUCAAC